AUGGUUAAACUGCUCCAACCAGGCAGAGUUGUGAUUGUCCUUAGAGGACGUCGUUCUGGCAAGAAGGGUAUAAUUGUCCACAGUUCAGAUUCUUCCAAUAAGAUGAGACCCUACUCAUAUUGUCUAGUGGCUGGGAUUGAAAAACCUCCUAAGAAAGUUCACAAGGCAAUGAGUAAAAAGAAGGUUGAAAAGAGACUCAAGAUUAAGGCAUUUGUCAAAUACAUUAAUGUUAAACAUCUUAUGCCUACUAGAUAUAUUGUAUCUGGGGGAUUAGAUCCUAAGGCCCUUGUUAAGGAUGAACAAAUGGAUAAUAUUGAAUCUAGGAAGCAUGCAAGGAAGGCGAUUCAGAAGGUUUUUGAAGAAAAAUUGACACAAGUUGAAUUUGAUAAAUCUUCCAAGGGUAUUCGUGAUAUUAUCUUCCUCAAGAAGAAGUUACGCUUUUGA